AUGGAGACCGACCCUUUUCUGCCGAGAGGUCCUCUCUCAAACCAAGUCCAAGCCGACGAAGCGUGUGACCACCAACUAUCGCCGCCGUGUGGGUAUCGACCCGACAUUGACGGUCUCCGCGCGCUCGCGAUCGUGUCCGUCCUCGUCUUCCACGCGUACCCGUCGCUCCUCCCCGGCGGCUUCACCGGCAUCAACAUCUUCUUUGUCAUCUCUGGCUUUCUCGUCUCGGACGUCCUCUUCAAGCAGCACGAAGAGUGCAACUUUACGUACGCGAGCUUCUACGAGCGCCGCGUCCGCCGCGUCGCGCCGACGCUCAUCAUUGUUCUAUUGACGACGCUAUGCCUUGGGUCAAUCUUUCUAAAGGGUGCCUUUCUCAAGCACACGGCCGCGACAUUGUUGACCACCAACGUGCAAGUGCUCUCGCUUGAGAGGGCGUACUCCAAGUACGGCAGCAACCCGGUGCUGCAUCUCUGGUCGCUUGGUGUCGGGGGGCUCUUUUACAUUUUCUGGCCAUUCUUUUACGUCUUCGUCAUGAAGCAGCCGUACAAGCGCGCUGUCCAGCUCCAGAUCGCAUUCUCGGCGCUCAGCUUCGUCAUCAACAUCAUUGCGUCCGUCGGAAACCACGACAACAAGACGGUGCUCUACUUGCCGCUGGGUCGUUUCUGGCAACUGUCCAUGGGCGGCCUCCUCUCUGCCUUUCCCGGCGUUUGGGCACUUCUUCCUACCGUCGGCGCGACCUUGCUCAUUGCCGCGGGGCCCCAAGCGCCGUUCAACCACUACGUUCUGAGCAACGACGUGCUUGUGGACAUUGGCAAGAUCAGCUAUGGCGUCUACCUCUGGCACUGGCCACUCCUUAUCAUUUCCAACCGCCAAUACCCGCCAACGUUGAGCCGUCCGUUCACCAUGGAGCCGUGGUGCAUGCUUCAGGUUUCAGUCGCCUUGAGCAUCAUCACGUACGAGUUGGUUGAACAACCACUGCGCUGGGGCAAGCCCAAGUGGAUCACACCCGCGCUCGUGCUUUGCGUGCUGGGGCUUGUCGCGCUUGCGGCGACUUUGCGCAUGUUGUGA